GUGUCGAACACACUUUUUGCACCUCUAAAAAAAUGACCCGUUAGCAAAUUUCUAUUUUCAAUUCAAAUUUUGAAUUGGACUGACUAGGUAAUGGAGAAAUAUAAUACUUUAUCACAAUACAGCGAAACUUGUAUACACCUGUUAAGUGAAACAAUAAUGUUGUCCAAUAUAAUAAAGGAACCUUUAGAAAAACUUGCACAAUUCGGAGGAAAUAUAUCUCGAUUUGUAAUGGAUGAUAUAAAUGAAAAAUUUUAUAAUGAAUUGUUAAACAGUAUCAAUAAUGUAAGAAACUUGCUUAAUGAAUUUGUUGAACGAGUACGUUUUAUGCAAAUGGAUUCUAAUUCAAUAUUUGGUAAACUAGUUAAAAAUGAUAAAUUGUGUGAACUAUUUAAGAAACGAUAUUCUUAUGUUUAUAAAUAUAACUUUUUACAAAAUGACGUACUGUAUUUCGAAUCCAAAAAUAUUAAAAGAACAUGUAUAAUAAUUAACAAGUCGUUGAAACUUGAUGGGCUUUACAUUUACGAUUUAUCAUAUUACAACAUUUAUAAAUAUUUCUUCAAUUUAUUAAGAAAUUUAAAUGAUAAUCUGAAGCCUCUGGGUAGACUUCCUAAAUUUGGUGAACUAUUUGCUAUAAAAUAUUGUGGAAUAAUUUACAGAGCUGUUAGAGAAAACGAAGUAUCCAACUCAAAAUAUAUGAAUUGUUUCCUUUUAGAUUAUGGCAUAGAAAUUGAAGUUGAAAGAAAUAACACUUCAUUUCUUGAUUUGCCUCGUGAUUUGAAACACCAUCCAUCUUUGGCACUUUUUUGCAAACUUAGCAUAUUUUCUGACAAUUCAAAAUCGACAAAAGAACAUUUUUAUGAAAAUAUGGUAGAUCCAACAAUUAAAUACAACUUUAAAAUAGUAAAUAAAGAAGAUGACUGUUGGUAUAUAGAUUUAGAGGAAUAUCAUAAUCCCUUCUCCAGUAUUUUAACUCAAGCUGAAAUGCAAGACUUGAAUAUACUAACGCCAACUUGUACGGAUGCACAAUUUGGUGAAAUUCUUGCAGAAAAUUCCAUUAACAUAUCUGAAAUUAUACUUUCUUCAGAAAAUUGCAUGAUGAAAUAUUUUAGUCAACUGGAUUUACUGUCAAACUCUUCCCAACUUACUGAUUAUGAGAAAGCAAUUUUGUGCGAAGAACCAUUCAAUAACUCAAAUACUUUAAAAUCGAUUAGAGGAUACGACACUAAGGAUACUGCGUCAACACGUAAAUUUGUAGCUCAAGAUGAACAUCUAUUUAAUGACGUGCAAUCAUUAAGUAAAUGGAGACAAAAUAAAAAAAUUGUAUCAGAAAAAAUACUGCCAUUAGAAAUUCCGGAAAUUGGUUCUUUUAUUAUGAUUAUACCCACGGCAAUCGAAUGUUGCACCACAUUUUUUGGUCAGGUCCAAAAAUUUGAUUCAUGCUAUCCCGAACCUUCUAUUGGUGAACUAACUAGAAAGUGGAAUUCUCACGAAGAAAUGGCAAAAUGCGAACCUUAUGAUUCAACACCCAUUUUAUUUGAGUUGGUUUUUGCUAAAUAUACUGACGGAUUUUUUUAUAGAGCCAAAGUAAUUCAAAACCGGGAUAAUAACUACUUUGUGGUUAUAUAUUUGGACUAUGGCAAUAUUGAAAUAGUUCAUCUUAAUGAUUUGAGAAAAUGGGAUAAAAAAUAUGAAGUUAUACCAUGUCAGGCCGAGCACUUUACAUUUGCUAAUGUUAAAGUUAAGCCUGGAAAGGCGGAAGACUUGUUACAUCAUCUUCGAAGCAAUUUUUUGAAUAAAACCUAUGUUGUUAAAAUUAUUAGUAAUGCUGAUAGUUUAUUUGUUGAACUGUACGAUAAAGAUGGUAAUGAAAAUUUACUUGAUAAAAUGAUAGAGGAAGAAUUUUUUAUGAAAGUUACGAAGCACAUUUCGGAAGCAACAAAAUUUUAAUAAACUAAGUUAAAGUUAAAAAAAUUCCAUGAUAUUUGUUACACCAUUUGUUAUUUGUUAAAGCUUUAUAAAAAUAGUAUGAUAUAUAAUAGAAUGCUUUAUAAAUAUAGUAUUGAAUUAUAUAUUUUCACUCAAUCAAGUUUUGUAUGAUAGAAUAAAUCAGAAUUCUGAUGUAGUUUUGCAUAAGUUUUAUGUGAAUCAAAGACAAUAUUCAUUCGGAAAAGACACAUCCACUGUUUAGUACAUAUUAUUAUCCAUAAUAUUAUUACGUCCCGUAGAAUUUCUGAAAAAGAAUAAUAAUUGAAUUAGGUUUUUUACAUUUCUCGGCAAUUCAUCUUAUUGCAGAUAGCUUUAAACAAAUCAGCCCUGUUUUAUGAAAUAUUAGAAAGAAAAUUGAAUACAUUUACAUAUUUUAUAAGGGAAAUGAAGUGCAUUGAAUUCGAUUCUUUGAAAUGAAACCAUAACGUCAUGCAAAAAGACUCUAGAUUAUAUAAUAAUGUCCUUAAUUCAUAUUUUUAGAUUUGAUACAACAUGCGGAUAAUAAAACUGCUUAUAAUUUGUAUUUUAUUUCAAUUUAAUUAAAAAAUUGUCACGAACUAUAAUAUUAUGAUGAUGCAUAUAUAUGUACGUAUGCAUGUACAUUGUUUGAGGCUAUUUUUUAAAAUAAAGUAAACCAAAGCAAUAUGUAUUUACUUGCAUACCAUAUUUUGUAUUAUAUUUUUUAUAUAAUUAUGUACAUACAUAUGUAUAAAUAGACAGACUUUUCAGAAGUUAUAAUAAAAGUAUUUUGUAAGAAAAGUUUAA